UUCUUUGUCGCGGCGGGGACAAGGACCGAGGAAAAUACACAAUGCUUCCCCAACAGAAGUAAUCUGAAAAUAUUUUCUUCAAAUUUGUAGGAAAAGAGUGUGCCUCUUUAUAAAGCCAAGUUUUUGAGCUUUCCAUUCUGUUACGUCUAUCAACGACUUUUGUAAUAGUAAGAUAAUUUUAAUUAUUGUAGUUUUAAAUCUUGCACGUUUAAUUUUUCUAGCACUUUUGCAUUUUUUAAGUUCAUUAAUCAUGCGCUGUUAUUUAAGUGUAAAAACACAGGUGUGAUUCUGCAGGAUGGAGGACAAGUACAUAUCCAGGGAACUGACAUACAUACAUACAUACAUACAUAUAUACAUAAAUAACUUAAGCCAAAAUUACAAGGACCGUAUAAAUUAACAGAUCUUACUGCUCACCUGAACCCUUCUCACGUACCCAAAGGUCAGUUUUAUUUUUUUCACAAUUUGUUCAAGAGCCCAAGGGGUGCAAUCCAGUGACGUAAGCGUAGGCUCCAGCGGCGCUGAGGAGCCCAGGACCCCAGGCGGUCCCCGCGGGGCGUUGGUGGGUAUUGAAUCCCCUAGCCUGGGUUGCUACGGCGGGCGCAGUCUCCCGCCCCGCGCCAGUCGGGCACUGCAGUUGGGGUCCGCAGCGCCGUAGGUAAUGGAGCUCCUGCCGCGGGGCAUCAUGGGGUGUGUAGUCCCGGGCCUCAGGGCAGUGUGGGUAGCGCUGGCUGGAGCCAGCCGGACGCUCGCGGCGCGCUGGCCGUCCUUCCCGCCCGUGGUAAGCGAGCCAGCCCCCGGCUGCCGGCUUCCCGAGCAGAAGGCCAGCUCUGCCUCUGCAGCUUGACUCCGUCUAGGAAGAGUGCUCAGCACACCAGGAAUAUGGUUCCGGGGCUCCUGACGACCAGAGAUGAGAACACUGGAGUCUAAUCAAAACUGGAAGAUGCAGUGAGGAAAGAAGCACCUACUUGUGGUGGGAGAGUGCUGUUGCAUUUUAAACUGCACAUCUACAGAGUGUACACAAGGAAGCCCAGGCACAAACACUCUAAAGCACUGUUUAAAUAUGCACAAAGAGCUAAUGGAAACCAUGAGCAUGGAACUAAAGGAGGCAUUCAUGGCCUUCAGGGAUGUGGCUGUGGCCUUCACCCAGAACGAGUGGCAACUGCUGAGUCCUGCUCAGAGGACCCUGUAUCGGGAUGUAAUGCUGGAGAACUACAGCCACUUGGUGUCUCUGGUAGGAGUUGCCUUUUCCAAACCAAAACUCAUCACACAACUGGAGGAAGGGGAUGAGCCCUGGAGAGAGGAGAGUGAAUGUCUUCUGGGCGUUUGUCCAGAAACAAGGACAGAACUCCAGCCAUGUCUUUCCUGCCCAGUGGCCUUUUCCAGUCCACAGUUUCUCAGACCAUAUGUGCUGUGCAGUCAGCCCUCUCAAGUCUUCCCAAGCUCUUCUGUGGGGAAAUACUUUCCACUAGAGGCUCCAGACUGCAUGAGUGAGAAGGCCGAAGAUGGGGAGAGAAAAGCCUCUGGCACUGUGUUGCUGAGGCUGCAGCCAAGUGGGACUUCCAGGAUGCUCUUCAGCCUGUCUCAGGGUCAGCGGGUAGGUCGGGUGGAAGGCGGCGUUCAUGGAGGACUGGAGCAGGGCGUGAGCGCCGAGGAGGCAGACGUGUCCGGUGCUGGAGCAGCCGCCCAUGGGAGCUGUAGACUAGGACUUGGCAGGACAUCCCGCCUCUUUGGCCUGCAGACGCAUCAUGUGUGCCCUGAAUGUGGCAGAGGCUUCUGCCAGAGGUCGGACCUCACCAAGCACCAGAGGACGCACUCAGGGGAGAAGCCUUAUAGUUGUGGGGAAUGUGGGCAAGGCUUUCGACAAAAGAUCGCCCUCAUCUUGCACCAGAGGACACACUUGGAGGAGACGUCCUUCGUGUGUCCCGAGUGUGGGAGAGGCUUUUGCCAAAAGGCAUCGCUCCUCCAGCCCUGGAGCUCACAUUCAGGGGAGAGGCCCUUCCUGUGCCCAGAGUGUGGGUGCAGCUUCAGGCACCAGUUGCUGCUCCUCAGUCACCAGGUCACACACUCAGGGGAUAAGCCUUAUGUCUGUGCUGAGUGUGGGCGUGGCUUUCGCCAGAAGGUCACCCUCAUCAGACACCAGAGGACGCACACAGGGGAAAGGCCUUACCUGUGCCCCGAGUGUGGGCGUGGCUUUCGCCAGAAGGUCUCCCUCAUCAGACACCAGAGGACACACACAGGGGAGAGGCCUUAUGUCUGUGCCGAGUGUGGGCAUGGCUUUAGCCAGAAGGUCAACCUCAUCAGACACCAGAGGACGCACACAGGGGAGAGGCCUUACCUGUGCUCCGAGUGUGGCUGCACCUUUGGCUUCAAGUCACUCCUCACCAGACACCAGAGGACUCACUCAGUGGAGGCGACUGAUGUGCAUGGAGUGUGUGAGCAGGGACUUGGCCAGAAGUCCCACCUUGCCUCUGACCAGAGGACACACUCAGGAGGGAAGCCAUGUGUGUGUGGUGAGUGUGGGCGCAGCUUUGGCUUCAACUCAGCCCUCAUCAGACACCAGCGCACCCAUUCGGGGGAGAAGCCAUAUGUGUGCAGGGAGUGUGGCCGUGGCUUUAGCCAGAAGUCUCACCUCCACAGGCAUAGGAGGACCAAGUCUGGCCAUCAUCUCCUGCCACAAGAGCUGUUCUGACCUUUCCUUUCCUCUCCCGGGGUGUGAAGAUGACAGAAAUUGCUUGGAAAUAUUCUGCUUUCCUCAGAUGCAGUGGAGCAAAAAAUGUAUUGCAUUCUUUCAGUGAUCAUAAAAUCAUUGAUUUAUGGUUUA